AUGGCUGCAAGUCCUCAAAAGACGGUCUUGGUGGAGGCAGCAAGUCUGGAGAAGCAACUGACAGAAAUGCUCCUCGCACACGCCAAGGAGCCCUUGUUUUUCUGGCAUGGUCCCAAGUGGAUGGUGAAGUCCAAGCUUGAUCGCUUGCUCGCUCGAGGGGCAUGGCAUGAUGAGAUGAAGGCAUUGGCCAAUUUUUCCUUCACCAUCACGGACCUCUUGGGUAAGGGGGCAACUGCAGAGGAAGGUCAAAAAGCCGUGCAGGGCUCUGUUCCUUUGGUCGGUGUCGUGGUGGAUGACAGCUUUUGCUCCCCAGAUGCCUUAGCGCUGGGCGUGCGUGCCAGUGGUGUGUGUGCCUGGUGCCCCAUGCCCAUUGAAGCAGAAGCGUUCUCACCCUGGUUGUGCUUGGCUGCGCCUCACCUCAGCUCUGAUGAUCCCAACAGUGCGUUUCCCCGCGCUGCGCCCUACGCAGUACUGCAGCUCUUUAUCGACCGGGCGCAUGCAUUGCCUGCGGCGGACCUGAAUGGCUUGUCGGAUCCCUAUGUGACCGCACAGAUCAAUGACCAAGACUUGCAGGUGCGAACCACUACGCAGAAUGGCACCUUAGCCCCGCGCUGGGGAGAAGAGUUUCACAUCCCUGUUUAUCGGCCGGAGAGCGUGCUGACCCUGUAUGUGCAUGACGAGGAUUUUGGCACGGAGAACAUCGUGGGCUUUGCUGGGUCUUUGGUCGGUCUCAGCGACGACCUGUUGGGCUGCGUAGAUAUCUCCCUGGAGCGAUUGCCCUUGAACACCAAGCUCUCGGGCUGGUUCGACCUUCACUCUGUCACGAAAGCCACCAGCUACCGCACGCGAGUGGCUCUGAGCGAGUCGGGCGAGGCACAGACUGUGGGACGCAUUCGGCUACAGCUGACUCUCCGAGUGCAGCAGCCACAGGAUGAGUUGUAUGCAUUGUGCCUGGGGCCUCCCAGCUUUGGUGAACCACUGCAGCCUUUGAACUUUGGGGAGCUCAUGACCCAUGUCUCCUCCAUCGCCCGUGUGCUGGGUCGUGUGGGCGACUUCUGCGGGCCGCUGGUGACCCGUGCCGAACGCUUCAGCAGCCUGGUCUUCGGGACGGCCAUCUUCCUCGUGUGGAGGCCUCACUUCAUACUGCCGCUCUUGAUCGUCAAGUUCUGUGUGGUCCUUCUGCUGUCGCAGCCGGUGCCCACAGAGGUGUCCGAGAGCGCGGUGAGCGAUCCAAAGCUCCAGCAGGUCUUCAAGGCAGCAGAGGUGGGCCUAGCUGCGCAGCAGUACACGGAAAUCUCCAUGGCGCAGAAUCAGCUGGGCACUUGUGUUUCAACUCUCCAUGACCUGCAAGAGACCUGGGCGAAAGCUGUAGCACACAAGCGUGCAGUGAGCUUUGCUUUGGGCCUCGUCGCGUUGGCGUUGGUCCACUUCAGAGAGUGGCAGGGCUUCGUGCUUCGCACACUAUUGACCAUCAUGUUAGCCUUCUUUCUGGCGCAGAACUCCUGUGUGGCUCGCGUGCUGAGGGCGCUGUAUAUCUACAAGUACAAGGAUACCUCCGCCACGGCAUGCUUAGGCAUGGGAGUGACCCUGGAAGCUAUAAAUCUUCGGAGCGACUUGAAACGCUCCGGCACUUGCGUUUUGACUCCGGGCGGGGCGGCCUCCUUGAGCAACAGCUCUCAGGUGUCCUCGAACGUGCCCGAGAAGGUGUCGAUGCAUGUCUUGGAGGAAGAAACCUGGACGGAGCCUGCGUGGUGUCAGCACUGUGGCGGCUUCCUCUGGGGAGCUUGGAGGCAGAACGAACAGCGCUGCGCGCCAAUCGAGAACAGCAAGGAUGGAAGUGUCGUGAUUGUGCAGUGGUCCUUUGCCACGCAUGCGCUGCGGAAUCGGACCUCGACUUCUGCGCGAAGUCUCAGUCUAAGCCGUCAUGAAUCGGCACAGGGCACAGAGGGGCUGCAUGCUUUUGUGCAGCGCAUCGUGAUAGGCGCACUAUGCAGCCUUGAUGGCCUGAAGCCCCUAGCGACAGAGGCUACGCAUGUCUUGGUGCUGCCGUGCCCUGAGGCGACCUUGGGGCAAGUGGGGAAAGCGCUGCGAAGCGCCAGCGUUUCGAUCUAUCUCUCGGUGUCGCUCCCCGGGGAACUCCUCGAGGCGGCACCUAGGGAGGCUACACCUGCGGCCAUUGCCGAGCUGCUGGGCGGUUACAUCUCCCAGGCGGAGAAGGCCUUGGGCAAGCCCAUCGACUUAGUUUGGAUGCCCUAUGCUGCCUUCAAGAAACAGUACUGGGCCGGAACCAAGACGCUUCUUGAGAAGCAGCAUCGCUGGGCCUAUGGCAUCCAAGCCGAGGUGACCCUGCCAACAGUGGCAAAACGGCUACUGGAACGCACACCUGCUCCCAAAGCAUGGCUGACCACAGAUGAUCUCCUGCGCCCCGCUCCCCAAGAGGCUGUGCAGGGAGCUCUGGAUGCAGGCAUCACUUGCGUUUCAUUGCCAAGGAAGCAGGCCUUCUCAGACUUCGCAGCCUUGUAUUUCAAAAUGGCUGGUCUUACCGAGGCACCGGCCUUGGCUCAUCUUCGCUGGGCCCAGCACCGGGGCCUUGCGAGCGUCCUGCCGCUCGAGCAGAUCGUGGCGUCCUCCGGGAGUCAGGGAGGAGCCCUCGUCUAUUGGAAGCUCCUCCAAGCCCCGGCUCACUCAGUCGACCAAUCCCAGCUGAAGCUUUAUGAUGCGGAGAAUGGAUAUCCCUUGAAGGCCGCCUUGUAUGAGGCGCGUUUGGGCUUGAAGAGCGGUGAGGGUAAGCUGAGCACAUCUCCGCCAGAGAAGGAGCCGACCGUCUUCACCCCGGGUGUUUCGGAGAAGAUCCUCACAGGUUUGAAGGAACAGGCGAAGGUCUUCAAGGCCAAUGAUCACAUCAUUUAUGCCGAAGACUUCUUCGAUACCGCCACGUUUGCAGCGAUCAAGGAGGAAACUCAGAGGCUCUGGAGAUCUGAAGACAUUGAGGCCAAUUGCAACUUAGAUGGCACGAAUCGGCUUGGAGGCUACAUCACGGACCUUCUGCCACACAACUCCAGCCUCUACCACCUGAUCUACGGCAAUGACCCCUUCCGGCACUGGGUCUCUGCAGUGAACGAUGAGGGGCCCAUGUGGCCGUCAGACUUCCCGAUCGAACUGCGCGAGUAUGGGAGCCAAAGCAAAGGAAUGGGAUGUCAUCCUGACCUCCAGAUGUACAAGGUGCCACGAAAAGAUUUGGAGUUUGCCUUCACCGUGGACAAUGACUCGCGCUGCAAUGUGAGCUUUUGGGACGCGGCGGGGAAGCUGCACCUGGUGCAAACCAAGCCGAAUUCCUUGAUGAUGGUGGGUGUCAAUGCAGCCACGCAUUGCGUGUCCUCAACGGAGGGUGGCACCCGCUCCAUUUUGAAGUUCAUUUAUGUCGGGGACUACCGGAAGUCUGACGAAUUCUGGCAUUACACCUCGAACGAAUGCGAUGAUUCAAAUCCAAAUCGACAAAUGCUUUCUGAUCGAAGAGCUCAGCGACAGCGUGAGGCACGAUCAUCAUCAUCAGAACUAUGA